AUGGAUCUAGGUCUGGAGAUCCGUCCUUGUUAUCUAAAUGCCACCUUACUCAUAGCCUUGGUCAUGGGAUUGUAUGCCUGGCGGAGUUACAGGAAGUGCCCUGUGCGAACGCCGCCAAUUGUAUCACUUACAGAGGACGAGAGGAAGAAUGACCUCCUUGAAGCAUUGGAAAGGCAAAUCCAACAAUAUGGUCCAGUCAUUGGGUUGCGCCGAGAUGGGAGAGUUGAAUACAUCGUCUCCGAUGAACUAACACCCCAGGUGUUGACAGACGAUGCAGUGUUUAGCUUCGAGCUAGGGAUAGCGAAGAUCUUGAACCUUGAGUUCCUACGCACAUUAUUCGGCAAUUCCAUCUUUCACGAUAUUGACUCCGUGGUUAAUACCCUCUUGACAAAGCAUUUGGACACGAUGAUCCACCGCGUAUCUCCUAUAUUCGAGAGGAACAUGGCUGAACUCCUGGAAUCCCACUCAGAAGACUCUAUUAGCUUCUUAACUCAUCUGCAGAGGACGGACAUAAUACAAUCAUUUGACAGAGACAUCGUGGUCGAUACUGCCGAAGGCGUGGCGGAACUGAUAGGGACUUUCCGGAGUCGCUCGAUGCUAGCCCAAUAUUUCCCUGUCCUAUGGCAAAUAGUAACAUGGAUGAAAGUUGUCAUAUAUAAGGUCGUAAUCCGGUUCGGCCUCGCAUUUGGACCUCUCAUAUGGAAGCAGACAUCGGCUGCUUUGCAGGACUCCAACAAGAAGUCUUUAAAACCCGAUAUAUCUCUCCUCCGGAUCCUGGUCCAAACAAGUGGAGCUACGAACGGCCGUAUAACGCUCAGCUCCCGGCUUUGGAUAUGCGGACUAGUCGUCAUGUUCAUUUUUGCCUCUGUGCAUCAGACGGUCUCAAUCACAAUGUGGACUAUAUUCCAAUUAGCCCUGCGCUCGGAAUAUCAAGAUAUCAUACGACGCGAGAUCCACGACCUCACCGGCCGUGACUCCUCGUCACCAAUACCUAUCUCCGAGCUUGACAUGCGGACCCUCCGCAAGGCUUCACGCACGGACUCGUUUAUCCGCGAAGUGCUCCGGACGAAGGGUGACGCCGUGAACCUGGUACGGAUGGCGCGCAGGGAUGUGCAAAUGGGAGACUACAUCGUUCCGAAAGGAUCCCUAGUGUUGCCACUAGUAUCCUUAUCGAAUCACUCUCCGCGUUACAAUGAUGGCGACCCGAAGAAAUUCGAUGGAAUGCGCUGGGUGGAGAAGCAGAAAGCAGCCUCUACCACUGAUCCCGGGCAUCUUUCAUUUGGGCUCGGUAGGUGGGCUUGCCCGGGGAGGUUUCUAGCUGUUGCGGAAAUCAAACUGGCGGUUUUCGCGCUGCUUGCGGAUAUGCGGUUGGAACUCGUCGGUGGGGUGUAUGAUGUGGCUGAUAAGUUUAAUAUAACGGGUAAUCCACCUGAGGGGGAGUUGGUGUUCAAGCGGAUUUCUGUGCGUUGA